GCUCAGAACUUGUAACAGAAUAUUAAAUUAUACUCCGCUCAAGAGAACUCUGCACUUUGCACUUUGGUUAAAGUAUCAUUUAGAUUUAAAUCUCUAAACUUUUCUUAAGAAAUUAAGUUCUAUUUGAUUUCCUCUUUUCUGAAUUGCAGAAAUCAGGUAAAACUACUUGACAAAAAUGACUUCUUGUCAUGUUACUGAAGAUCCUAUAAAAAAGGUUGCUAUCUUUGGAGGAACUCAUGGCAAUGAAUUAACAGGAGUAUUUCUAGUUAAGCGCUGGCUGGAGAAUGGCACUGAGAUUCAGAGAACAGGGCUGGAGGUAAAACCAUUUAUUACCAACCCAAGAGCAGUGAAGAAGUGUACCAGAUAUAUUGACUGUGACCUGAAUCGAGUUUUUGACCCUGAAAAUCUUGGCAAAAAAAUGUCAAAGGAUUUGCCAUAUGAAGUGAGAAGGGCUCAAGAAAUCAAUCAUUUAUUUGGUCCAAAAGACAAUGAAUAUUCCUAUGACAUUAUUUUUGACCUUCACAACACUACUUCUAACAUGGGGUGCACUCUUAUUCUUGAAGAUUCCAGGAAUGACUUUUUAAUUCAGAUGUGUCAUUAUAUUAAGACUUCUUUGGCUCCAUUACCCUGCUAUGUUUAUCUUAUUGAGCAUCCUUCCCUCAAAUAUGCAACCACUCGUUCUAUAGCCAAGUAUCCUGUUGGUGUAGAAGUUGGUCCCCAGCCUCAAGGAGUUCUGAGAGCCGAUAUUUUGGAUCAAAUGAGAAAAAUGAUCAAACAUGCUCUUGAUUUUAUACAUAAUUUCAAUGAAGGAGAAGAAUUCCCCCCCUGUGCUAUUGAAGUCUACAAAAUAAUGGAGAAAGUUGAUUAUCCUAGGAAUGAAAAUGGAGAUAUUGCCGCUAUUAUCCACCCUGACCUGCAGGAUCAAGACUGGAAACCGCUGCACCCUGGGGAUCCUGUGUUUUUAACUCUUGAUGGAAAGAUUAUUCCGUUGGGCGGAGGCAGUACUGUGUACCCAGUGUUUGUAAACGAGGCCGCGUAUUAUGAAAAGAAAGAAGCUUUUGCAAAGGCAACCAAACUAACACUCAACGCAAGAAGUAUUCGCUCCUCGUUACCUUAAGAAUCACUUCUAGCCCACCUGUGACACAGUAGCUUGACAAACUCCACUAGGUUGUAAGCUCUUGAAGGGCAGGGCUGUGGCUUCUUCGACUUCAUAUCCUAGUACCUAGUCCAGUGCCUUACCACAGUGGGCAUUCAGGCAAAUUUUUGAAUGAAUGAAUAAAUUAAUGCGUAUCUUCUCAAAGUAUCAUAGUGGACACGUAGCUUAUUCAAAGAAGUGCCUUUCUUAUUUCUGUAUAACUUUUUAUAUAUUAUACUUUGAGAGUUUAACAUUCUUAACAAACAGCCUUUAAAUUCAAAUUUCAAAACUGAAAUGGAUACUAUACCUUAAAAGUUAUUAACCUGAAUCUAAAAUUAAAUGUGUUUUCAAGUAAUGUACAAAUGCUACUCGAAACUCAUGAUGCAGACUUGUGAUUUUUAAAUUUUUCAUACCUGAAUUAAUGAUAAUAUAUUAAGCAUCCCAUCUGUAACUUUAGCAAUAGUUGUGAUAUCCAUAGGAGAUUUGUAACUGCUCUUUUGAAGAUGAAAUGUGAACAGGAAAUGAGGGCUGAUUAUAAAGGUGACACUAGGAAUAAAUCAAGGACCUGAUGGCCCUUUGUCUGCAGACAGUCGCCCACCCAGCACGGCUGCCCCGACAUGGCCCCUUGUUCUGCACUGACCUCGGGGAGCGGGGAGCCUCCUCCAGACAUCUCACACUCCCCUUGGGAAGCUCACGUUCCCUCCCAACUUGGGAAAACCUGGAAGAGGCAUAUUCCUUCCAACCGUCGGUCCUCAUUUUGAAAGAACACGCUUGCCCUUGUUCCCAGCCAACACGUGAGGAAGUCUUUGGGCUCCGGCAGCAAAGGCGGUAAAGACAGAAAUAGCAGACAGCAGCGGACACUAAUGUGACCCAAAACCAUGUCUCUGGUUCACAGAUGCAUUCUUUCAAAAAAGUGCCUGUGAUAUAAAUGCCCAAAACGCCUCCACACCCACGAUUCUUCUCCUCAAAGGUCUUUGGGCUGAAACACUGCCUCCCUCUCUCCCUCCAGCCCCUGCAGGAGCCUCCCUGCCUCCUCUUUUAGGCCCCAGCAGCCAAGUGUUUUUAUCCUGUGAUUUGGACCCCAAGGAACCCAUGUUUAUGGUUUCAAAUGUAUGUACCAACCAUCAUACUGUUAUCUGAAACAAAGAUGUAUGUACAUAUCUCAUUCUCCAGAGUAAACCCCAUUAAACUAAUUUCAUUUUCAUAUUCAGUGUUUUAUAAAGCACAAAUAAACUGUUUCUAAAUUUUUCCGCACCAAUAUUUUUGUACUUUGCCAAAAUGAUUUUUAUUGGAAUAAACUCUCUUCCUUCUGAA